AUGAAGAACAGCCUUAUAAUGGACGAGAACAAUGAAGCGCGGAACUGUGAAAGUGUGUUCACGUUAGGGGCUCCCUCAGAAAUGUUGGGAAUCAAUGGGGCAGGGCCUUUUAAAAGAACCGAUGAUGGAAGCAGAAGGAGGAACAUCGGUGGAAGUAGCAGCCGCAGUAGCAACCCAGGCAGUAACUGGAGUCGCUCGAGCACCCCCUUCGUGGACGUACCCGACAAAAUGUAUGACAAGAGCGUAACGGUGGAAUACAACAGCGAUAAUGACCGUUCCUGCCAGAGAAAUAAAUAUAAGGAAUUCUCUAAGCAGAGCACUCUAAAUGUGGAUAAUAACGAUGAGGGAAACGAGACGGAGUGUUCCUUUGGGUCUAGCAAUUCCUGCGCCGAAAGGGAAGGGAAAGGCUACGUUAACUUGUGCAAAAGAACAUGCAAAGGGGGUGGCCAACCAACUCGAGAAGGCCAACCCAGCACAGAUGAUAUGAUUAGCCUUAAUGCACUGGAAAAGAACGAAGGGAAUAUGUACAUAAGGAACGAAGUAGGUACAUGCCAAACAAACAAAAGUGAAAAUGACAAGAAGAGGGAACCGGAAGAAGGGAAUCUUCUCAAGUUUGAGCAAAACGAAUCAGUUUUGCGACAAAAAAAAGAUAAGAAUGUCCACAAGAUAUCAGAAAGGUAUGAUGAUACCUCGGGAAACAAUCUAGACAUGAACUGGAAAAAGUCGCAAAUAAAGACAUGCAUUAGAAUUAAGCCGCUAGAUUCUGUGGGGAAAAAUCUAGAAAAUGUAAUCACGCAGAGAGGAUUAAACAAAAUAUUAAUUAAUUACGGAGUGCAGAGUGAAAACAAGAAAUGUGAAUUUGUCGUGGAUAGAAUUUUCAAUGAAGGAAGUACGCAAUCGGACAUAUGGAAGAGCAUUUGUUUUUGCAUAGACUCUGUUUUCCAUUUUAAGAAUGCAACUGUGUUCGCGCAUGGCCAUACGGGGACGGGGAAAACUUAUACUAUGAUUGGUCCAGACGUCAUGGAGCUAAUUAAAAGGAAGAAGAGAAGGAUCCCGCACUCCGCUAGGCUCAUGCAACCGAUUGAAUUGUUACUCAAUACGAAUAGUUUGAGGCUUCCAAAUGGGGGUGGCGGUAGUGCUAGUGGCAACGGAAACGGCAACGGAAACGGCAACAGCAACAGCAACAACAGCAGUAACAACUUCUUGUACGAGAGAAAGAGGUCUUGCUCGCAGCCCAUCUUUAACUUCCCUCCGAGAGUAAUCCCCCUGGUGAAUGGGAACUAUUGCACUUAUAGGAAAAUGUACGAAUCGUCGUGCAGCGCGCAGUGUAACGCGGCGCACACUUCUGCGAACAGCAGCGGGAACAGUACAGUGAACAUUACAAGGAACAGUACAAGGAACAGCAUCGUGAACAGCCGCACGAAUAGCACCAAGAACAGCUGCACAAACAUCGCCCCAAACGGACCCCUAAAUGCUAGGUACUAUCACAAGUCAAAUGCGGAGUGCAUGAGUGAGAGCAGCUAUUAUGGGAAGUACGAAAACUGCAAAACGUUUUCCGAGUAUCGAAUGGAGUAUAAGCCUAAUGUGAAGUAUUUGCAGGACGAAAUUCGGCUGAUUUUGAAUUCAGACACGAAGGGGAUGAUUCCCAGGGCGUGUGAGGAAAUAAUGAGCAGAUUGUCCCUGCAGAGGGGGGUUGGCGGUGAGGCGGAGGCACAUCAUGGGGAGAGAGGUGACAGGAGCGAUGAUAGAAGCAAUCAUCUACGUGACUGUCGAAGCGGUAACUUUAACGGGGUCCGCAACCCUCACGCGGAGAAAACGAAGGAGGUAUUUAAAAACGUGAAGGUGUACGUCUCUUACAUGCAACUAUAUAACGAUAGAAUAUUUGACCUGUUAAAUCCGUGUACGGAAUCGCAGCCCUAUUUAAGCACUCAAAAGUCUAAGCUUUCCAACAGCGCCACGUUUGUCUCUGGUUUGCUAACCGUGGAGGUAGCCAGCUGUGAAGAGCUGAUGGAGCUCCUGAUAGAUGGUACAAGUAACAGAGCAUGCAGAAUCACAAAAACGAAUGAAAUGUCAACAAGAUCCCAUUCGAUAUUUAAAAUAGAGUUACGACAUGUGAAUCCUUCGAAGCCUGAAUGUUUUAAGUCAGGAAAUUUGUUGCUAAUUGACUUGGCUGGGAAUGAAAAGUAUGCAGCGUCUAAUGAAAAACUAUACACCACAGAAGUCUGUUCUAUCAAUAGGAGUUUAUCUGCCCUGUCCCUAUGCAUAAACGAAUUGUCCAAGGGGAAUAAAAACAUCAGUUACAGAAACUCCAUUUUGACGAGACUGCUACAGGAUUCUCUGGGAGGUUCCAGCAAAACUGUUUUUAUAUGCACCAUAUCUUCAUGCAUGAGAAAUGUCCGUGACACACUGUCGUCGUUGAAGCUAGUUUCGAGGGCAAAGAAGAUACAAGUCGAGAGCAGGGGUAACAACGCCUAUGUGUAUGAGGAGGAUAUACGAAGACUGCAGAAGGAGUUGUACUUUUUGAGGAAGUUUGUCUUUUUUCAAUACAUUACGAAUAAGUAUGAAAGUAGGAAGAGGCUACGGAAGAUGAAGCAGUUCUAUUUUGAAAAUUUUUUGGGUCAGGGCGAGUCCUAUUUUGAGAGGACUAGCGGUGGUAGUGGAGAGGUCGUCCCCGAGGAUAAUCUAUGCGUCGAUUGGGAAGGUAAGAACAUUCCAGAUGACACCAUGAAGAAGGGAAACACGGACGAAGAGGAAUCCAACCAAGAUGAUGCUAGUAAAGUUGAGCUCAAUGAGCAUGCAACUACCUACGCCGGAAUAGAAAGCAUCUACAACGAGUACGAACGAAAGUCCUUUAAUUCAUUGCUGUACCAGUGGAAUUUGAACAAGGGUAGCAUUAGGAAGGUAAGGGACUCACCGCUAACCCCUUUGAUGCCGCUAAACGGAGUGGAUAGCAGAAGGAACCCUUGGUUCCAUAGCAAUGGCAACGUGAGCAAGAAAAACAUAAUGAACUUCAUCGAAACCCACACCAUAGAGUAUGAGGUCGACAGUGAUGAGGACCUGUUCGGCGGGGGCAGCGAUUUAGGGGAAAGCAGAGAGGGGGAGGAGGAAGCAGAAGAAGAUACAGAAGAAGAUGAAGAAGAAGACGCAGAAGAAGAUGCAGAAGAAGAUGCAGAAGGGGGAGGAUACGUCGAAGAGGAUGCUGGGUGUAACGGAAAGGAUGACAAUAGGGGUGACAGUGGCGGGAGAGAGGAUGUACGCAGGUAUUACACCGUGGAUGGGGAUUAUGAGAACGAGGGAUCUAACGCUGAGGUGUCAGACAAACAGGGUGACCUCUGCGCUGAUAAGGCACACCCAAACGGAGAAAUGAUGAAAGGGGGAAAAAAAAGUGUGGAAAUAUUCCCUCCUCGUGAAGAUAGUAAGAGAGGCACUUUUGAAGAAACAUGCAAGGGGGGAGCUAUGGAUGGGCAUGGAAGAGGGGCAAAUGUCAUAGCAAAGGAGGAGCCUGCCCAUUUGGUUCAGGUCAAAAGGGGAAAAAAAGAGGAUACAACUGUUAGUACUGCGAAAGGGGAAAAUGGAAAGAACAACACAACACAGAUACUCUGUAGUGAUAGCGAAUUAAGGAGCGCACGGGAGAAGGUGAGAGAAGCGACUGUGCUGAGUGCAAAUGCUAAGAAGUUAAAAAAAUCGAGGGUAAAGAAAAAUGAUGGCGUUUCGGGCUUAGCGGAGGGGGUAGUGUCUACAUUGAAUACCCCAACCAGAGAGACAAUUCCGAAGAACACAAAAAAACUGGUGAGCGCGAGCAGGAACGAGGGGAACCACAAUAGGAGCCACCGAAAGGCAGAAAUGAAGUCAUUUUUCUUAAAUUUUUCGAUGCAUAUUAACAAGAGAAAGGGCACUAGCGGUACUUUCAAAAAUAGAGCAAAGGAAAAUAACACACUGAAGGGGUCUGAACUAAGAAGGAGGAAGGAAAAGAUCGGUAAGUGUGCUAAAGUGCAGAAGCGGGGACGUCGCUGUAACACCUGUAACAAUGAUGAAAGUGCUGCUUUGAACUCCACUGGGAGGGAGGCUUACUGCCGAAAGAAAGGGUAUGCCGAGUUGGUAAAUUCUCGCAAAUCGGCUAACUCGCUGGAGGUGAGUAAUGGCUCUAAUUUGGCUCCAGCUGGUGGUCUCAUCGCGGCGUCCAUCUCGAAAAGACGCAGAGGGAGUAGUAGUCAUAGUAGUAAUGAUAGUAGUAAUCAUAAUAGUAGUGCACACGGCGGAAAGAUUGGACAAGCUGGUGGCACAGUUAGUAGGGCUCCAAUCGAUGGAAGGAACCGCUCAAAAAAGGAGGAAGAUCAAGCAGAGGCAGAAAAUAACAGGCAAGUAAAGCCAAUUUUCUCCAGCGACCGUAGCCACGUUUACAAAAAGUCCUCCUCUAAUGAGACACUAUAUGCAAAAGGGCGUGGCAAUGAUGAAGAGGGAAGCCCAGCCAUUUCGUCCCACCUGGGGCAUCUACUCCGAUUAGGCGACUCAAAGAAGAAGCACCAUUAUGUUAACAAUGUAGGGAUAAACAAUAUGGUAAUAAAUAGGAUUAACAUUUUCCCCAAUUCUAAGGUAGUGAGGAAUUGCAAUGAGGUCACGAGUGGGGUGGAAAAUAAAGAUACGUCAUGUCCGAAGGGUGAAAAGAGCUGCAGCGAGGUGAGAAGAAGAGAAGCUUGUGAAAGGGAAGGGGUGUGGGAAGGACAUGAUCCUAUGAGUGACAGGAAGAAUGGCGACAGAGGCAGAUCGGUCAGUGAGAACUGCUGCUUCAGUAAUUGGAAAAAUAAAACUAUUAUAGGCCAAAACGGCAAGGGGAAGUUUGCCUACUAUAUUGAAUUUAACAAGAUGAAUGAUGUGAGGAAGUGCAUCAUGGAAGGUCAGACAAUAAGAGGGGUUGCAGAAGGGGACACCGAUUUGGCAGUGCGCAAUGGGGGGGAAGUCCGCAUCGAGGAGACCAACGCUGGGGUGGAGAAAAAUGUGAAGACAUGUUUGAUUCCCAAAGUUGAGGAGAGCUGGCUCAACUUUGAGAAAAAAAUAGGAAUGAAAUUGGGGGAGGAAAAGGAAGGAGUUGAAAGUGGAUACGGGGGCAGAGGUGGAAGAGAGGGUAGCAGCGUGGUGGGGACUAUCAGCCCGGUGAGUAUUACCAACCCGGUGAGCACUACCAACGAAGUGCAUAUGUCCCAUUCUAAGCGCGACAGCGGAAUGAGCGCCCUGGAGGAAAACAAGAGAAAGCUGGACACGUUAAAAAACCGCUAUGAGAGGAUGCUGGCUGAGUCACAAAAAAGGGAUUCUAGGGACGCCUUUUGUUUGAGACAUUCUGUCGGGGAUGCAGACACAGGGAAGGGUAGUGGUGGAAGCGGAAAUGGGACUGCUGCCCGAAGUAGUGGUAACGAGACCGUCGCAUCGGUGCGUAAUGGGAGAAGUUUGCAUCAUAUGGAAAUGGAGACAGUUGAGAGGAAGAAGACUAAUAUGUUUGGGGCCAACAAACAGGUCACCCCUAUGCAGAUGAGCAAGAAUGGUGUAGCAUUUAACGGAACAAAUGAUAAGUCAAGGGAGGAGAGGCACACAUAUGAGAAGGCGAAAAGGGUAGGAAUGAGGUCUAAUUUGGAUAGCAUGACCAGCAGUAUGUAUAAUAUUCAAGAUAUGAUAAAGGCGUCUUAUAGAUCGAAAAAGGGGCGAUUCUUCCUGCGCGACGACCUUAGCGGUGUGAAUUCAGGCGGGGAAAAACAUCACAAAGGUGACCUGGUAAGUAACUUCCGGAAUUUGAAGAAUCACCAUGAAGAGAAUCACCAUGAAGAGAAGCACCUUGUAGGGAAGCACCAUGUAGAGAAGUACCAUGCUGAGAAUCACCGCAUGGAUGGAAGUAACCAGAAGGGGACGCCCGCGGCUACCCCUGUUGGCAGGGUGGUGUACCUUCCAAAUGGAGAGGAACUAUAUUGGCGAAAGAAGCCCACUGCCGGGCCUGAGGAGGUCAACCUAAAUGGGCGUUUGAUUUAUGUAAGGGGAAAUAAAGCCAGGGUUGCUGCCGCCACUUAUGUGAAUGCUAAUGAUAAAGGUGGCGGCUUGGACAAGCACAGGAGAAAUUGGCAGCACCAUGUGGCUAGCCUAAACCCUGCAGAUGCCUAUGGCAGUGCACCUAAUGUAGGAGUAGAAAGGAAGACGUCCCAAAAUGGAGCAGUGAGUAACUGUGUACUACUGGCCACGCAUGGGAAUGCGACCAGUUGGGAGGGGCACACUAGCGGAAUGUUAUCACACCGGAGAAAUAAUCCGAACAGGGUGGAUGGAGGAAGGGAAUCACAUCAGAUAUGGAAGGACAAAUUAAAUGGGGAAAGACACAAUGUGAAUAAGUUUAGAGAGAAAUAUUUUCUUCAUGGACUUCUCCACCGUGAGCAUCUACCUCACAAGGACAAUUCGAUGCAUGCCGGCUAUUAUCAAAGUAGGAAAAUGCACAAGGUCAAUUUGUUUGCCCCAAACGGAGGUAGCAGCAACUGUGAUGGGUAUCCCAUUCAGGAAGGUGAAAAGAUGAGGAACGGUCAUUAUGGCAAUAGACAUGGAACCCACAGGGAAGGGUUCCAAGAUAAUCAUCGAAACAACGUGAUGCCUUAUAGGAGUAAAUCUAUAAUCAAUGAGAAGAUAAAAAAUGUGCACUACUGUGGCAACGGGUUUCAGUCGGGUAAGUUUGUUGUUAGGAGUGGUUUUACCCAUGGCGAAAGAACUACGAAGGAUGAGGCUCUCCCCCCUGGGGAGGACACAAGAACGUUUGGGCCUCCCCCUCAGAUGCACUUCCAAGAUGUUAAUAGAAACGAAAUUAGUCAAUUCAGGGUGAUACGAAGAGGUGGAGGGCGGUGUACAGGAGGGGUGUACGGUGCGGCCGCACGCAGAUGA